AUGCCGGGGCCCCGGCGGCCGCGCGCGCUGCCGCUCCUGUUGCUGCUGUUGCUGCUGCCGCCGCCGCCGCUCCGGGGUGUCCUCGCGGGUGACCUGAAGGUGGCGGUGGUGCUGCCGCUGACCAACACCUCGUAUCCGUGGUCGUGGGCACGCGUGGGGCCGGCCGUGGCGCUGGCCCUGGCGCGCGUAAAAGCGCGGGGCGAUCUGCCUCGCGGCUGGACGGUGCGCACGGUGCUGGGCAGCAGCGAGGACGCGACGGGCGUGUGUUCGGACACGGCCGCGCCGCUGGCCGCCGUGGACCUCAAGUGGGAGCACAGUCCCGCCGUGUUCCUGGGGCCCGGCUGCGUGUACGCCGCAGCCCCCGUGGCUCGCUUCACGGCGCACUGGAGAGUACCUCUGCUGACCGCCGGGGCGCCGGCGCUGGGCUUCGCGGCCAAGGACGAGUACCCGCUGAUGACCCGCGCCGGACCCAGCCACGCCAAGCUCGGAGAGUUCGUGGCCGCGCUGCACCGCCGCCUGCGCUGGCAGCACCGGGCGCUCGUGCUCUACGCCUACCGGCCAGGCGACGACCGCUCCUGCUUCUUCCUCGUGGAGGGGCUGUACCUGCGCGUCCGAGAGCGCCUCAACAUCACCGUGGACCACGUGGAGUUCGCCGAGGAUGACCGCGACCACUACGCCAUGUUGCUGCGCACCGUGCAGCGCAAGGGUCGAGUGAUCUACAUCUGCAGCUCCCCCGAUGCCUUCAGGACCCUGAUGCUUCUGGCACUGGACGCCGGCCUGAGUGGGGAGGAGUAUGUUUUCUUCCACCUGGAUGUGUUUGGGCAAAGCCUGAAGGGCACUCGUGGCCCUGCCUCCCCAAGACCCUGGGAGAGAAAGGAUGGGCAGGAUGGCCGUGCCCACCAGGCCUUUAAGGCUGCCAAAAUCAUUACGUACAAAGAGCCAGACAACCCUGAGUACGUGGAGUUCCUGAAACAACUGAAACUCUUGGCUUACGAGCAGUUCAACGUCACCAUGGAAGACAGCCUGGAGAACACCAUCCCAGCGUCCUUCCACGACGGGCUCCUGCUCUACGUCCAGGCAGUGACGGAGACUCUGGCCCACGGGGGAACCGUCACUGAUGGGGAGGACAUCACUCAGCGGAUGUGGAACCGAAGCUUCCAAGGUGUGACCGGAUACCUGAAAAUCGAUAGCAAUGGAGAUCGGGAGACUGACUUCUCCCUCUGGGAUAUGGAGCCUGAGACUGGCACCUUCAGGGUCGCACUGAACUACAAUGGGACUUCCCAAGAGCUGGUGGCUGUGUCGGAGCGCAAACUCUACUGGCCCCUGGGGUACCCGCCUCCUGACAUCCCCAAAUGUGGAUUUGACAACGAGGACCCAGCCUGCAGCCGAGACCACUGGUCGGCUCUGGAGAUACUGGCUCUGGUGGGCAGCCUGGCCCUGCUGUGCUUUCUGGUGGUGUCCUUCUUCAUAUACAAGAAGAUGCAGCUGGAGAAGGAACUGGCUUCGGAGCUGUGGCGGGUGCGCUGGGAAGACGUGCAGCCCAGCAGCCUAGAGAGGCACCUCCGGAGCGCAGGCAGCCGGCUGACCCUGAGCGGGAGAGGCUCCAAUUAUGGCUCCCUGCUAACCACAGAGGGCCAGUUUCAAGUCUUUGCCAAGACAGCGUACUAUAAGGGUAACCUUGUGGCUGUGAAACGCGUGAACCGGAAACGCAUUGAGCUGACGCGAAAAGUCCUGUUCGAGCUAAAGCAUAUGCGGGAUGUGCAGAAUGAGCACUUGACCAGGUUUGUGGGCGCCUGCACGGACCCCCCCAACAUCUGCAUCCUCACAGAGUACUGUCCCCGUGGGAGUCUGCAGGACAUUCUGGAGAACGAGAGCAUCACUUUGGACUGGAUGUUCCGGUUCUCGCUCACCAACGACAUUGUCAAGGGAAUGCUGUUUCUACACAAUGGGGCUAUCUGUUCUCAUGGGAACCUCAAGUCAUCCAACUGCGUGGUGGACGGGCGCUUCGUGCUCAAGAUCACCGACUAUGGGCUGGAGAGCUUCAGGGACCCUGAGCCAGAGCACGGACACACCCUCUUCGCCAAAAAGUUGUGGACAGCCCCUGAGCUCCUUCGAAUGGCAUCCCCCCCUGCUCGGGGGUCCCAGGCCGGCGACGUGUACAGCUUUGGUGUCAUCCUUCAGGAGAUUGCCCUGAGAAAUGGGGUCUUCCACGUGGAAGGGUUGGACCUCAGCCCCAAAGAGAUCGUCGAGCGUGUGACUCGGGGUGAGCAGCCCCCCUUUCGGCCCUCCCCGGCCCUGCACUGCCACUUGGAGCUCGGGCAGCUGAUGCAACGGUGCUGGGCUGAGGAGCCGCAGGAGAGGCCGCCCUUCCAGCAGAUCCGCCUGGCGCUGCGCAAGUUUAACAGGGAGCACAGGGGCAACAUUCUGGACAACCUGCUGUCGCGCAUGGAGCAGUACGCAGACACCCUGGAGGAGCUGGUGGAGGAGCGCACGCAGGCCUACCUGGAGGAGAAGCGCAAGGCCGAGGCCCUGCUGUACCAGAUCCUGCCGCACUCCGUGGCUGAGCAGCUGAAGCGCGGUGAGACGGUUCAAGCGGAGGCUUUUGACAGCGUGACCAUCUACUUCAGUGACAUCGUGGGCUUCACGGCCCUGUCGGCCGAGAGCACGCCCAUGCAGGUGGUGACUCUACUCAAUGACCUCUAUACCUGUUUCGACGCUGUCAUAGACAACUUUGAUGUGUACAAGGUGGAGACUAUAGGUGAUGCCUACAUGGUGGUAUCAGGGCUGCCCGUGCGGAACGGGCAGCUCCAUGCCCGCGAGGUGGCCCGCAUGGCACUUGCGCUCCUGGAUGCUGUGCGCUCCUUCCGCAUCCGCCAUCGGCCUCAGGAGCAGCUGCGUUUGCGCAUUGGCAUCCACACAGGACCCGUGUGUGCUGGUGUCGUGGGGCUGAAGAUGCCCCGGUACUGCCUCUUCGGGGACACAGUGAACACGGCCUCAAGAAUGGAGUCCAAUGGGGAAGCCCUGAAGAUCCACUUGUCUUCUGAGACCAAGGCCGUCCUGGAGGAGUUUGAUGGCUUCGAGCUGGAGCUGCGAGGGGACGUGGAGAUGAAGGGCAAAGGCAAGGUUCGGACCUACUGGCUCCUGGGGGAGCGUGGGUGCAGCACCCAAGGCUGACCUGCCUUCCUUGCCGUCCCUCCUCAUCUCCUUUCCUGUGCCAGAGAUGUCAGAGGUGUGCCCACCCUUUACCUCUCCUGUGGCGGCCCCACCACUGUGGAAGGAUGGGAGUGCCUGAGCUGUCUCCCAGUGGGGUCACCAGGUGUGCCCUGAGAGUGGAAGAGGAAGGAGAGAGGCCUCAGCGCUCGCGGGGCUCACCCAACGACACAGUCACCCAUAGUGGCACGCGUGUGGGCACGCAACCCCAGCCUCACCCUUCUCCGGGCUGGUCGGAACGACGAAGGAAAUUCCGUACCCUCUUCCCUCCGCCUUGCUCCGCCGUGACUUUUAUUGGGAAAGAAUUUACUACUUGAUGGAGGAAUGUGAAGAGACUCCAGGUGAAUGGGCGGGGUGGGGCAGCCCAGGUCUGGGCCUAGCCCGCGUAGCCCACAAAUCUCACCCCUGCCCCCAGCUCCCCACCGAUGGACACACUGCAGUGAGGAGAGAAGAGGGGCGGUGAGCCCUCGAACCUUGCUUCUCCUUUCAGCAGAGACCAGUAAAGUCUUAAUUUCA